AUUCAAGACCAGGGGUGCCUAAUUUCUGCAUAUUUCUCCAAUUUCUUAUGAUCAUAAUCCUGUUACUGCUCAGCUUCAGCUGCAGCAUUGCUGAUUCUGGAGGGGAAGCCUAUCAGAUGUUGACUCUGCAUCUGCUGAACAGCUUCCGCAAUGCCAGAAUUACAAGAUCCCUGCUAAAUCGGAGGCACAUCGGCUGAACAAAAACAUCUGCAUGCAUGAAGCAGUGAUUCAGGACCGUCUUAGACGAUGGAAGGGCAAUCGCCGCACUCUUCUGCAGCUCUACGUGUUUCCUUGUAAACCAUUGAAUUUUUCGCUAGUUCAACAAUUGCAUAAAUGGCCCGGAAGAAAAGGAACAUGGCUGAAUUGAAGAAGGUAACGACCAAGAACGCAGCAAGCAGGAGCUGAUCCUUAUUUUGAGGGCUUUGGAACACGGCUCCAGCAGACGGACCACUGACGCUGGUUGAGACGAAAAAGUAAAGUGACGGUCAAAUGUUUUAUCUGAAUCAGAAGAAAACUCUGGAGCAGGGCUCAAAAUCGGGAGAAAACAGAGCAAAAAGCGGAAGAAUCCCCGGUACUGAAGCCGGUGGUAUUCGAUUUUGAUCUGAUCCAGACACUUUUGAGUGGAAGUGACCCUUCUAGAUUUACUGAAGAUUUCACUCCUUCCAUGUACAGAGAGCGGGGAAGAAGAUGUUCAAUUCAGGAAUAAAGAUGCGAUCGCGUGUAACAGCGCUACACAGAUCUCUGUUCCAAGUAUUUGUCACUCAGACCGGAGAUGGCAAAGCAAUCUGCGUUCAUCACAAUAUCGGACUUCCAGUUUACAUUCAGAGGAGGAAUGCUCUGUCACCAGCGACGCGAAUUCCACCGGAACACCUUUGGCCGCUACAGCGGUAUGAGUGGAUGGUCAAAGAAGGCAUGCUCCAGCAUGAUGAUCAGCAACAUACAGUGGCCGAGAAGCUUGAUAAUCUCUUAAAACAUAUGAAAGGUUACCAGAAAGAAAUGGAAAGUUAUCAGGUGGGACUCAGGAAGUGGUCAGACGAAAGGGAGAAACACAAGAAGGUGCUUUUGGCAGAACAAGCGGUGGUAGAAGCUCAGAAAAGACUUGAGUUUUUAGCUUCUCAGAAUCAGACGGGAAUUUUUGCCUGGUGGUCGAGAAAAGUGAGACAUGUCAGAGCUGAGCCUGGAGCUGGAAGAAUGGUAGCGCGACUGAAAAGAGAGAAGAAGUUGUCUUCAUUGAUGGGUCCUCCACCUCCUCUGCCGCCUCCUCCCCAAGGGCUAUAUCUAUAUGGCAACGUUGGUUGUGGGAAAACGCUUUUGAUGGACAUGUUCUUCAAUGCUUCAAAAGGUGUGGUGAAAUAUCGUCGAAGGGUUCAUUUUCAUGCGGCAAUGUUGGAAGUACAUGAUCGUAUGCAUAAGUUGUGGAAACAGGGAAAAGAGAACAACAAGGAGUAUGGCAAAAUUGGCUCCAGCACUUCAGAUCCAAAUCAACCAUUGACCCUGGAGAUGGCAGUGAAAGAAUGGCUUGAUGAAGAAGAACAAUGGGAAAGAGACCUUCAGACAGAAAUGGGAGUGCUCAGUGCCGUUGCAGAUGAAUUCUUCGCAAAUUCUGAUGAGUUCCUGGACGGUGCUAGUCUUUUGUGCUUCGAUGAAGUGCAGGUGAUGGAUGUGUUCACAGCUAUUGCUCUUGCUGGGAUUUUGAGCAGACUUCUAAGUAAAGGCACAGUUAUUGUAUCGACCAGCAACCGAGCUCCCCGGGAGCUGAACAAGGGUGGGAUGCAACAGGAACUAUUUGAAUCUUUUCUAACCAAGUUGGAAGGAAACUGUGAGUCAGUGCUGGUAGGAUUGGAGAAAGAUUAUCGUCGUGUCAUCGCCUCGAUGCACUCUGUGAAGGAUGAACAAGUGCACUACUUUUGGCCUUUGGGACAUCAAUCUCAAGACAAGCUUGAGAAGCUAUGGCUUGAGAUGGUAUCACCGUUAACCCAAGCAAAUCGCAAGCCCAUCUCUUCAACAUUACCAGUGAUGUUUGGAAGGUCACUCGAGGUUCCGGAAAGCUACCAUGGUGUUGCUCGCUUUGCAUUUGAGGAGUUGUGUAACCGUCCCCUUGGUGCCCCAGACUACGUUUCUCUUGCUCGAAGUUAUCAUACGGUGUUUAUAACAAACAUUCCCGUGAUGAGUAUGCGCAUUCGCGAUCAGGCAAGAAGGUUCAUCACCUUAGUUGACGAACUUUACAAUAACCAUUGCCGGCUCAUCUGUACGGCAGCAGCACCCGUAGAUGAACUAUUUCUCGGAACAGAGGAAGGGCCUCUCAUUGACCUUGAGAGUCUGCAGUUUGAAACUGAAGCUGAAGGCAGUCGACUCCGAAGAGAUGUGCUCGUCUCGGGGCACGUGGAACCGUUGGCCGGUACCAAGGAAGCACAAGCCAGUAUUCAGGGUCUCCUUUCUGGGCGGGAGGAAUUGUUUGCUUUUCGUCGUGCUGUUUCCAGAUUGAUUGAGAUGCAAACCCCGAUUUACCUUCAAUCUCUCAAUUGCCAUCCCAGAUUUUCAAGUUAAAUCUCACUAGUGGGAAGUUAGUUGUACAUUUCGCAUGGGUUUGGCUAUGCAACGAAGCUCUCUUACAUUGAGAGAGGAAUGAAAUUAUGACUUUGCCUUUCAGGCUCGAUCUUAAUCAAUAUAGAGAUUCAUUGCCGCUCAGUAUAGUAUAGUUCAGUCAUACUGUAACUGAGAUAGUAAAUCUCGAUCAAGAGAAUACCCGAGCUUUUUGUAGAUUUGACAGCAUACAUUUUAUGCCCUUACCAUGGUGGUCGGCUGAUUGCAACCACUAAGAACCUUUUGGCCUGUAAAGCGAGUAAAAACGAAGCAGCUAACUCAGAAGAUGUCGGCGGUGACACGAUCUACGUUGUAUGUAAUCAUUGGCGAGGACCUUGUCCGUGAAGCGUCCAGUCAAGCUGAAGCCUCUCUAAAUUUGGGAAUGCAGUGCAUUCGUCGGACCAUCGAUGUCAACGACAAUCACUUGUGCUUCUAGAGUCUGGUCGAAUGAAAGUAUUCAGAUGGGAUUCAGUUCCUUGAAUUAGUCUCAGGCGCAGAGAACUACUGAGCAACUCGGAAGUGCACAGUGUGACGACAGGAUCUACCCGAAUCACUGCUAUUUAUUUUGCAGCUAGUUGAGUCCAGUUGUCUUGGGAACGCUAAUGCCGUACCAGGCUGAAAUUACUGCGCCGACUUUUGAAGCAGGAAAGCCUGUCGGCUUUAGUCGUGGGGCCGUUUCUUGCUGGUCAUCGAUGCAUCGCGAGUUUUAUGCUUCAGUCAAAUUUGGCGUGCCGACAUUGUAUCUAGCGACAUGGCAGCUCAAUCACUUCCCGAAGUUGACCCAUUGGACGGACCAACGAAUGAAUGUGGGCAAGGCCUGCGGAGGAGAGGCGAGCAGAUCGGAUGUCUGGGGACUUCGUGCAAUCAAUGAGUUCAAGCUGUAACUGGGCCGAAGCACUGCCACUGCAAACAUGAUCGUUUCAAACUCGAAGAGCAUCCGCAGAGAAAUCUCGAACACGUGCCGUGCCGUGCCGUUUCAUACUACACGAUCCACAGCUCGUCGGAAUGUGAUGGCGUCCUACUUCUGGUCGACUGCAGGCAAGUACCGUUUCAUUCUAAUCCGGAACAACAUUGCGAAAACUCUCUUCUGGCUCCGACAAAUCAAACUCAGAGCAGCAGCCCUUGCACUUGCAUGCGAGGCACAUUGUGAAGGAAAGAAUUGCCGACCACAA